AUGCAAACUAAUAUCGUUAAAGUAUUACGAACAGGAAGACUGAAAUAUGGUCCUAGCGUAAAACUUCAAAAAAUACUUUCUGAUUUACAUUUUAAGCAACUAAAUAAUGAAACUUGUAAUACGUUAUUGCUUGUUGAGCAUGAUCCCGUGUACACUGUAGGAAUUCGGAAUAAAAACUAUACAGAAGAAGAUGAAAAAAAGUUAAAAAAUCUUGGUGCAGAAUUUUUUAAAACAGACAGAGGUGGUCUUAUAACGUUUCAUGGACCAGGACAAUUAGUAGCAUAUCCUAUUUUAAAUUUAAAACAAUUUAAACCUAGCAUUAAGUGGUAUGUUUGUCAGAUAGAACAAAUGAUUAUACGCCUAUGUGCUGAAUUUAAUAUAUUAGGAAAAACUUCGCCAGACACCGGAGUUUGGGUUAAUGAAAAGAAAAUUUGCGCGAUUGGUAUUCAUGGUAGUCGCUACAUUACUACACAUGGCUUAGCUUUGAAUUGUAAUACAGAUUUAACUUGGUUUGAUCACAUUGUUCCAUGUGGCAUCGAAGGCAAAGGAGUUACUAGCAUUAGUAAAGAACUUAAUAGAAAUAUAACAAUCGAAGAUGUAUUACCUACAUUUCAAAAUGUAUUUCAAGAAAUGUUUCAAUGUUCUUUAGUUCAAUAUCCACCUAAUGAAGCGUCAGAAUUACUUCGAAGUAUAAAAAAUUGUAUAUAAUCUAUAAAAAACACGUCAAAAAUUGUUCUUAUAUUAUGCUUAAUUGAUCAAGUGUAAAUAACAAAUUGUAUUUAGAUUUCUUUUUAUCUUAAAAACACAAUAUAUUUACAAUAUUUAAUAAAUUACAUUUUUUAUGAAAU